UACUGUUCGUAUCUAAUUAAGGAUUUUUCAAUUUAAUAUUGUCUAAUUUUUGCUUGUGUGUGGAUUUUCGAACUAAUUUUACGAUUCGGUGAAAAUUACUCCGUUUAGGAUUAAAUUAUGUUCAUGACAAUUAAAAUAUAGAUGUAAAGACCAAAAGGAAUUGUAGGGGCUGUGACAGUUAAUGGCGUAAUGAACUUGGAGCAGGAUUUGGGAACGCCAAAUAUUAUAUAUGAGAGAACCAUGUAUGAAGAUUACGACUACGAUUCCGGCAUUAACAAAACAAUUACGAUCGACGACUGUAAGGAGGAGUUUUCUAAUCAAACGCAAUAUCUUCAGCAAAAUUAUCCAGACGAUUUUUGUAAGGUAGCAUUCGAUAGUCUAGUAUGUUGGCCACCUACGCGGAAAAAUGAAGAGGCUACUAUUCAAUGUUUCGCUGAAUUGUUUGAGGUUAAAUAUGACACAACACAAAACGCCACGCGGUUAUGUACAGAGAACGGUACGUGGGCAAAACAAAAUUUUUCCAUGUGCAAGGAACUUUUGCUGGAGAAAGUUGAAAUGCAAGAAGACACAACCCAAACAAUAUUUUUCGUAGGUUUCAUCAUAAGUUUAAUAACUUUAACGAUAGCUGUAGCAAUUUUUAUGUAUUUCAAAGAUCUGCAUUGUCUUAGGAAUAAAAUCCACAUAAACCUUAUGUGGUCAUAUAUUUUAAUGUACUGCAGUUGGAUCAUGAUGCUUAUAUUAAUUAAUUACAAGAGCGAAGUAUUAUUCUGUGGGUUUGGUACCAUGCUGUUGCAUUACUCCCAUGUUUCUACAUUCUUUUGGAUGUUCGUUGAGGGAAUGUAUCUCUAUAUUCUUGUCGUUAAAACUCUCAGACAUGAUACUUUUAAGUUGCGGAUAUACGUCAGCAUUGGAUGGGGUGCUCCAUUGAUCAUCGUCAUUUUAUGGGCCGUAAUUAAGGGACUAGUAACUAUAAAGGAUAGCAAUUGUUUUUGGUUACAAAACGAUCUACUAGACUGGAUUUACCUAUCUCCACCUCUACUAGUUAUUUGCCUAAAUCUGGUAUUUCUCGUCCAGAUAAUGUGGGUACUCAUUACAAAACUCCGUUCAUCUCCCACAGUAGAGCAUAAACAGCACUACAAGGCAGCGAGAGCUUUGUUGGUACUCAUGCCCCUGCUGGGAGUGACAUGGGCAGUCACUAUUUACGUACCCGCCGGCACGAUAAACACCAAGUUGUUCGAAUACAUACAGACAGUUCUGCUAUCAACACAAGGUCUGAUGAUUGCUCUGUUUUAUUGUUUUUUGAAUACAGAAGUUCAAAAUUCUAUUAAACAUAAUUUCAAUCUUUGGAAGGAGAAACGAUCAUUGGGAUCUCAUCGUUUUUGGACAAACUCAGCACAUCAUCAUCGCAGGCAUACCGAAUGGACACUAGUAAAUGCUGAUGAUAUUGAACACCCACCCACAAAUGAGGCCCAAAUUACAAACCACGUAGAUGACAACCAAACUGAUAAAACAAAUAACAUUCAAACAACACGUUUCGGUUCGAUUUGACAUGGGUGUAAAAUGGAAAGCUGAAUUGUACUGGAGGUGACGUCACGAAAUUUGUUUUUUUUAUAUUUAUAUACAUGUAUUGAUGCCAAACAAACAAAAUAGCAUAAUCUACUGUCAUAAUAGUUUAUUUUUAAAUAUUUUUGUUACCUACUAGAUAUUGGGUAGUUUUUCGUAAAGUAUAAAGAUAAAGGAAGCAUUUUGAGAGGUACGCAACAACUCUCUUUGUCUUUGCUCACAUUAGUGAAGUACUAAUAGCUAAUUUGAAAUGUUUCUAAAGGGUUCAAAAUUGAAGUAAUUGAUUGUAGAAUCAAUUCCUGCAUGUAAACUUAAAAAAUCGUGACGUAACAUUGUGUGGUAUUGUAAAGAAGAUUCGAAUUAUGAAUUCAAUGAAUUCGUUAUGAUGCAAGAGUCAACAGCUAAACUAUAAGAAAAUGAAGAAUUUAUCUUUUUUAAAUAAAUUGGUGAAACAACUAGAA